AUGAGAAGGUUGAUGCUCGUCGCCGCCGCUAACCAAAAUGUCACCACCACCACCACCGAUGCCAGCCCUGUCCUAAUUUCCGUCUACGAUUUCACCAUCACAUCUCUCGUCCUCGCUCUAUUUUUCCUCUCCACCGUCUCUCUCUUCUUCAUUUUCCAUCUCCGAUUCAAAUCCCAAAAUACCCAUCACCUCCAAAAUUUCAACACCCUCUGGACCCUCCGUCUCCUCCUUGUCUCAUUCGUCACGCUUUGGACUGUAAAUGAAGCCCUACACUUGCCUUUCUUCCAUCGUCGAUUCAUUUAUCCCUUUUUUCCCACACUAAACUUGUCUCAACAGGUUAAAAUGUGCAAAAUCCACGUCCUUCUCUCCUUAGGCUUCUUCGAACCCGGUUUCCUAAUAACCCUUCUCUUCCUAAUCCUCUUAUCCAUCAAACAGAGAACCCAAUCCGAUACUCGGGUUAUUACUCUAAUCAUGUUCAUCUGUUUUCCUUUACUAACCCUACAAACCAUCUCCUUAUUCUUCACGCCUUUCAUACCCGGGAUUAUUCUUCGGAGUUUUGACCAUAAGACGAACCUCUGUUCGUAUCCUCUGUUGAGCACGAUCGUGUUCGGAGCGUUUGGGGCGGUUUACACGAUCGUGUUGUUGCUGUCUUGUCAAAGACUCAUCAAUUUGGUGAUUAAUAAAGGAACCAGGGUUCGGAUUCGUCUUCUGACUGCAGCUGUGGCGUCGUCGAUCCCGUUGCAGAUUUUGUUUCUUACAUUGUCUUCGUUUUGGAGUCCAGGGACGGUGGAAUACGGCGGCGUUAUGUUGGGGAUGUUUCUUUGUGCGGCGGCGUGCGCGGUGGCGGCGCAAGGUAUUUUGGUCAUUAAGCCAAUUGUAGAUGCCUUGACAAGCGGGGAUAAUAAUAAUAAUAAUAAUAUUUACGUGGAUAUCCCAAACCUCGACCUCCCUGAGGUCCUAGAUGAUUGGAGCUCUCCUGGUUAA